CUAUAAGCACAAAACAAUUCUGACCGUGUUUACAUACGGAGCUUUAGCCUACUGCGCCCAGGUGAAAGAAACAUCGACGCAAUCAGCAGCUCCAUGGUUUCGACAAUCCUACUUUUUAAGAGAAUUUAACUCAGUAGCAGUAACAAGAAAUAUGGUGACCAAAAUAAUCCGGACUGAGUACAUGAAGAAAUUCAGAGAUCCGAAAUGGGAGAUAUUUUCCAAAUACUAUGAGGACUCAUUAAAAUACAGGUUAUCUCGUCGAGUGAUGGAGCAUGCUCACAAGCCAUGGGUGUGGAAGGGAUGGGAUAGUGGCUCGGACUCCAGCGGAAGAUCAACACCAAAUAUGAAGAACAAAGUUGCGACCAUAAAUGUUACCUCAGCACCCUUGGAGUUGAAAAACGAAAGGUCAUCAGUACCAAAGGACGCUCCUGAAAGGGAACUUAAUUUUGAGAAUGAUCAGAUGGAGUUGAACACUACUUACGCCAAUGUCUUGGAUAACUUGCCUAAUUCAGAACCUGUCAUUGAGAAUGGACUGACUGAAUCAGAUGAGGGACCUGGAAAGGAGAUUCUACUGAGCAAAAGUCUGUCAGAUGAAGCACAGACUGACAACGGACCAUUAGACAAGGGAUCCUCAGAUGAGGAAACAGUGAGGAUGCAGCCUAAACGCUGCCACCGCCUUCGCACCCCUCUGUCUGAGCCAGGUUACAGAGACAGUCUCCAUGAUGACAAGCAGAUCCCUGUCCGGAAGCCCAUCAGGGCAAAAAGCCAGCCUCCCACCAGCAAGGAGAACAAGCAAUGUCUCAGUCAGGCCGACUGGACAGGUAGACACACGGCCUCUGUCAGAAAGACCCCAAACAAGGGCUGCAUGUCCGACGCAAGCAUCCAGACCAAACGGGAGUCAGAUAAACAGGGCUCCAACCUGGAUCGCAGGAGGGCACGGUCAGCUGACCUUGAGAAGAUGCAGCGCUCAGAGUUGACGGUCGCAGAGGAUCGCUGGAUGACCGAGUACAUGCGUUGCUUCUCUGCCAGAUUGAGGUAGAGUGCCCAGGACACAGGUAUCAGGCACAGUCUGUCACUGAAUCUGAACAUCAUAUUCCUCUUCAUAUUCCAUUUAUAAAAAAUGGGAUGACGGAUAAUGACACAUAUGUUGAAUGAUACACAUUUUAAGGGGUUUGGUCCUUUUAUUCUUUUAACUUUAUGCUAACAGCGGUUGAGGUAACAACACUUCUAACAAUAGGCUACUGAUCAUUAAACAAUGGUUAAAUGUGUUGUUACUUUAUUGAAGUUGCAUCUACGCCCGAUUUUAGUUCAAUUUAUAACUUGUAUCUCCUGUGUUUUCUACUUCACAUACUUUUUAUUGACUUGUGGAAUUUGUCUGAAACAAGAUGUAUGAUAUUGUUAUUCAAUUACUAGCUUUUCUAUUUUUAUUCCACUGGCACUAGAUGUUACUCCAUGAAUGUAUCUUAUCUCUGAGUCUUUAUAUUACAGUUAAUUGGUGUUUAGGUUCUCUCACAAAGGCAGCUGUAUUUAUUAAUUACUAAUACUACACGAUAUAUCUAUAUCUAUCUUUCUCUCGACAUCAACAUCGAUUCCAAUACCGCAAGUUUUUUGUACUUUUUAGUAGAAUAGUUAAAUGUAGCAUACUUUUAUUAUACAUACACAUACUUGAUUGUGUUCCAGCAAAUUGGUUUUAACAUGAAUCUCUUUAGCAAAUUACUGUAUAACAUGCAUUGUUUUUGUGUUAUUAAUGAAACCAUACACAUUCACCAGAGAAAUUUAUGAAAUGGCCAGCCAUUCAAAGAAAAUAUUUUGUUUUUAACAUCGUAACAGCUGUUAAAUUCACCAUUGUUUUGACUUUGCUGUAUGUAAUGUAUUUUGGUAUUGAUGAAAGAGUUACAGAAUCAUAAAGUACUGUAUGUUUGCUCACCAAAGUCCUUCACUUCAUUAUAACUGUCCUGGUUGAGUUUGCAUUAUUGGACUAUUUGAUAGUUGUUUUCUGAAUUGUGAGUGAAACUACGUUUCUUUUAGUUAUGAGGGCUGACGUUAAUAAAGUGGUGUACUGUGUUGUGAGUUGUCAGUGAUUCUCGGUUUACACACUAUUUGUAUUUCUGAACACUUUGUGCAUAAUAUUCAUUUUAAAAUGUUUACAGCCCAUCAAACAUCUUCAAGGUCUUUUGGGUAUAAAGCUCUAUUCCCACAAGCUACUUAA